UUUUCAGAGUUUCUCUUUUCGGGUCUCCCAUCGCAAAAUUUCAAUGUCACCCGUGUAUUUAUCCUAAAUGACGUGUUUUUCUUGCUAAUUGUGCUGAAUUCUGUGUUGAAUCGCAUCUUGAGUGUGCGAGGGUGAUAUUUCUGUGGUUUUUGCCCACCCACCGUGGUGGUUUUAUGUGCUAUUUUGCCUGAAAACUAUCGGCCAAAGAAAGGGUGUUUGAGGGAACAAAAGUAAAACGCAAUUGAUGAUUGAAGUUGAAAGAAAUACCAUGCGACAAAUAACAGAAUCCUGGACAUCGUCGCCACCGCGCACGUCGAGCCCAUCGACACCCCAGACGAGCUUCGAGACGCUCACAUCACCACAAACACCAAACUCCAGCACCACCGCCGUCACAAUCCCGGCCGGUCCACAGAAUGCCGCAGCACCUGGCCAGAUGGGCAUUGUGCCCGUGCCUCCAGGACCCGCAGAAUUGCCCGUCUUCACGUGCCCUCGGCGGCCAAAUUUGGGCCGCGAAGGACGUCCCAUUCUCCUGCGCGCCAAUCACUUCCAGAUCACCAUGCCCAGGGGAUAUGUGCAUCACUAUGACAUCAACAUACAGCCAGACAAAUGUCCCAGGAAGGUGAAUCGAGAAAUCAUUGAAACGAUGGUACAUGCAUACAGUAAGAUCUUUGGUGUGUUGAAGCCAGUGUUUGAUGGUCGCAAUAAUCUCUAUACGCGCGAUCCUCUGCCCAUCGGCAAUGACCGAGUGGAAUUGGAGGUGACAUUGCCGGGCGAGGGGAAGGAUCGCGUCUUCCGUGUGACUAUCAAAUGGGUGGCUCAAGUGUCACUGUUUAAUCUCGAGGAGGCCCUCGAAGGUCGAACUCGUCAGAUUCCCUAUGAUGCUAUUUUGGCAUUGGAUGUGGUGAUGCGUCACUUGCCCAGUAUGACAUACACUCCAGUUGGCAGGAGCUUCUUCAGCUCUCCCGAUGGCUAUUACCAUCCACUUGGCGGUGGACGUGAGGUUUGGUUUGGAUUCCAUCAGAGCGUAAGGCCGUCUCAGUGGAAGAUGAUGCUGAAUAUUGAUGUAUCAGCCACGGCAUUCUACAAAGCGCAGCCAGUGAUUGAGUUCAUGUGCGAAGUCUUGGACAUCAGAGACAUCAAUGAACAGCGGAAACCGUUGACAGAUUCGCAGAGGGUGAAAUUCACCAAAGAGAUCAAAGGGCUCAAAAUUGAAAUCACUCACUGUGGCACAAUGAGGCGGAAGUACAGGGUGUGCAAUGUAACCAGGCGACCAGCUCAAAUGCAGUCUUUCCCGCUUCAGCUGGAAAAUGGGCAGACGGUGGAGUGUACAGUGGCCAAGUAUUUCUUGGACAAGUACAAGAUGAAGUUGCGCUAUCCGCAUUUGCCAUGUCUGCAGGUUGGUCAGGAGCACAAGCACACUUAUUUGCCGCUCGAAGUGUGCAAUAUUGUGGCUGGACAGAGGUGCAUCAAGAAGCUCACGGAUAUGCAAACAUCAACCAUGAUUAAGGCUACAGCUAGAUCUGCUCCAGACAGGGAGCGCGAAAUCAACAAUUUGGUGAGACGUGCGGACUUCAACAAUGACGCCUACGUGCAAGAAUUUGGUCUAACAAUCUCCAAUAGCAUGAUGGAAGUCCGAGGACGUGUUCUGCCACCGCCAAAAUUGCAAUACGGUGGACGCGUGUCGAGUAUAAGUGGACAAAGGCACGAGAAUCAUCCUCUACAGACAAAUUUGCCUAACAAAGUGAGUCUCGCAUCGCCAAAUCAGGGUGUUUGGGAUAUGAGGGGAAAGCAGUUUUUCACUGGUGUGGAAAUUCGGGUUUGGGCAAUUGCGUGCUUUGCCCCGCAAAGGACAGUGCGUGAGGAAGCUUUGAGAAACUUCACGCAGCAACUUCAGAAGAUUUCCAAUGAUGCGGGAAUGCCAAUAAUUGGACAGCCAUGUUUCUGCAAAUAUGCCACGGGUCCGGAUCAGGUGGAACCGAUGUUUAGGUAUCUCAAGAACACGUUCAAUGCACUCCAGUUGGUCGUGGUGAUACUACCGGGAAAGACCCCGGUGUAUGCUGAGGUGAAACGUGUGGGAGAUACGGUUCUUGGCAUGGCUACUCAGUGUGUCCAGGCAAAGAAUGUGAAUAAGACAUCACCGCAGACACUGUCAAAUCUCUGUCUCAAGAUCAAUGUCAAAUUGGGUGGAAUCAAUUCGAUUCUCGUACCCUCAAUUCGUCCCAAGGUAUUCAAUGAGCCAGUCAUCUUCUUGGGUGCUGAUGUUACCCACCCACCGGCCGGAGACAACAAGAAACCGUCAAUUGCAGCUGUCGUGGGAUCCAUGGACGGACAUCCAUCGAGAUAUUCUGCUACAGUUCGAGUGCAGCAGCAUCGUCAGGAGAUCAUACAGGAACUCAGUAGCAUGGUUAGGGAGCUUCUCAUAAUGUUCUACAAAUCAACUGGUGGCUACAAACCUCACAGGAUCAUCUUGUACCGCGAUGGUGUGUCCGAAGGGCAAUUCCCCCACGUGCUACAGCAUGAAUUGACGGCCAUCCGAGAGGCGUGCAUCAAACUGGAACCGGACUACCGGCCAGGAAUAACAUUUAUAGUGGUGCAAAAGCGCCAUCACACACGCCUCUUCUGUGCCGACAAAAAAGAGCAGAGUGGCAAGUCGGGGAAUAUUCCUGCGGGAACCACCGUGGAUGUUGGAAUUACACAUCCAACAGAAUUUGAUUUUUACUUGUGCAGCCAUCAAGGGAUUCAGGGAACAAGUCGCCCAUCUCACUAUCAUGUUCUAUGGGAUGACAAUCACUUCGAUUCGGAUGAAUUGCAAUGUCUCACUUAUCAGCUCUGUCAUACAUACGUGCGAUGUACAAGAUCUGUAUCAAUCCCAGCUCCAGCUUACUAUGCUCAUUUGGUUGCAUUCCGUGCCAGGUAUCAUUUAGUGGAAAAGGAGCAUGAUUCUGGCGAAGGAUCUCAUCAAAGUGGAUGUUCAGAGGAUAGAACACCCGGUGCGAUGGCACGUGCCAUCACAGUACAUGCUGACACAAAGAAAGUCAUGUAUUUUGCUUAAAAAGAAAAAAAAAAGAAUGAGGAUGAAUCCCUUAAGAACAAAACAUGCCCCACAGAUAAUCUCUUAUCAAAAAAAAGAAAACAAAACAAAAACAAAAGAAAGCGACAAAUAUACACUGUCUGUCUAGCAUCUAAUAUAGUUUUAACAAAUAAUUAUAUUGCAAAUUAAUGAAUUUUACCACACGAAAGAAACAAGGAGGAAGAUUCUUUUUUUUAAUGAAUUAAUUAAUAUAUAUCAAGUUAGAAAAUAGGCAUAAACGUCACGUUUAAAUGAUCAACAAGAUAGGCAUAAUUUUAGACUGCGUGUGUAACUUCUCAGAAGGCAAAGAAAUGAAAACGAAAAUGCAACAGUUUAAUAUCACUUAGGAUAUAAUUUUUAAUUCUCUUACAAUUUUUUUUUAAUAUUAAGUUUAUUGAACAUAUCUCGGAAAAUAUCUCGUCUUACAAAGAAGAAGAAAACAAUGGCUAUUUAAUUUUUUUUUGUUCACUGGAUCUCUGAUGCCAAAAUCAGAACAUUCUUUUCCAAGAUGUUCUUUCAUAUUUGAAAGAAGAUAAAAUGAAAAAAAAAAUAAAUAAAUUUAGGAAAGAGGGAGAAAGAAUCAAGAAAACAACUGCUUCAAACUAAUUUUUAGUUUUUCUUUAUAUAAAAAAAAAUGAACGGAAUUCAAUUUUAUUAUUUAUAUCUCUUGUACAUAAUAGAAAGAAGAAAAAAACAGCAAAAUUUUUAUUGAAAAUGAUAAUAAUGCAAGCAUUUUUAGAAGAUGGGAAUGAAAAUUAUAGGAUAUAAAGCAAAGAAAAAGAAAAUGCAAGAAACUUUAGAUUUUAAGGAAAAUAUGGAAAACAAAAUGAUAGAUGUUUUUUUGCUCUAAUUGUUCAACAAUAAUACCAUUUUAUUAGGUAUUUAGUAGAUUAAUAUUAAUAAUUAAAUAAGAAAAUAUUCACAGCAAAUUAAUGUGAAUUUUUGAAGCCGGGAAAAAACCACAAGAUUCAUUACUUAGAAAUCUGUGUCUUUUAAAGUCGAAAUAAGAUGAUGAAGCUAUUUUAGUAAAAAUUAUUGAAAAAAAUAAUGCCACGACAGCAAGAAAAAAAAAACAAUGGAUGAUCUUCAAUUUUUUUAACGUAGUAGUUGUUUCUGAAGUAUAACUAUAAUAAACUCAUUUUCUAUUUCACAAUUCAA